GUUUUCUUCCGUGUGUGUGUAGUGACAUAUCUUUCUCUCUCUCUGUGAUGCCUCUUCGUUACUGAUAAAGGUUCAAGCUACGGCCCUGCUUUGUUUCCAGAUUAUCCGCCGGAAAUCGUCGCUGCCGUUCUGUUUAGGUAUGAAGGUGGAGAAUCUGCAGGUUCGAUAGGACUUUGAUCGCUUUUCGUUUGGAUUGAGAGAUUUCACGGAAGAGUUUCUCUCUGUUUUUUUGAUUUUCAGAAGCGGAUGAUGAUUUGAAUUCAUAUUACUGUUAACUUUUGGUUGUAUUUUGCUCAUUCGCUUGAGAAAUUGAAAUGGAAGUGAAGGUAGCUACGACGUGUUUACAAUUACAAUGGUCGCAGACUAUUGUUCAUCCUUCUUCUUCUUACUCGCAAACCCUAGCUUCGACAGUUUCAUCUCCUUCGUCGACGCCGCGGAACCGUAGCGAUGGAGGAGCCGCGACGAGGCGGUGUGUUUAUACGCUUGGUCGAUCAGGUAUGUUUGGAAUCCCGCUCACGAAGUUUAUACGGUCUCGCUCUUGCUACAAUUUUAAUCCAAGAAUUCGUACGAUCAGAAGAGCGUGUACUGCGAAUUUGGGGGACGGUUUCUCAGACGAAGAAUUCUCCAAGCAGAUUCAAGAUUUGGCGCUUAGUUUUCGAAUCUCCGCUGAGAAGAUCCACGAUUCGGAUUCCGAUAGUACAGAUUCUGUUUCUGAUUCCGUAACUGAUCAUGAAUUUAAUAGUUCCAACUGUUCUUUACAAAACCACAUGCAAGUCGCACCGCCUCAAGACGUUUCAACAGAAUCUCCAUGGCCAGAAAUCCACCAAAAACCUCCGGAAUGGACUCAGGAACCGGAAAUAAUUCCAGACGAUAUCGAGCGUAAAGCUAAUAGCGUUGAUUUCCCCUUAUCGCUUCGAAUCUUAAAGAGGAAAAUGCAAUGGCAGGAAGGCAUCAGAGAAGUAAGAGAAUCCGCUUAUUGUUCAGUGAAGAAGGCAUUCUCCUCCAUGGUUUUCAUGAUUCAAGAGCUUCACAGCUAUUCAUUAAGAUUGAGAGAAAUACUGUUUUACGAAGAUUUACAGGGCAUUCUGAAUCGAGUUGAAAAUGAGAUGCACGCUUCGUUUGUUUGGCUAUUUCAGCAAGUUUUCUCUCACACUCCAACUCUAAUGGUGUACGUGAUGAUUCUGUUAGCGAAUUUCACAGUGCAUUCAAUGGGAAACAAUUCAGGUAUGGCAGCUUCCUUAUCGCCUUCCCCUUCUUUAACGCAGACGGCUGAGGGAGUCGUUCAAAUCGACAACCAAAAGGACCAGAAAUUCGAUUCCUCAACGCUCAAGACGUUCUCAGUGUCUUCAAUCAAUGGGAAAACAGCUUCCAUCGGAAGCGUUAAUGGCGGCGGCGGCGGAAAGGUCCGACCGACUGCAAGUGGCACAGACGGCGAUGAAUUAAAUCGAUCAGUGAAUUAUCCCACCGUACGAACUUCAGCAGAAGAAGAAUCGAUAUCAGGGGAAAACAUCAGAGAAGAAGAGAUUUCUCGGUGGAAUUCCAUUCUCAAAGAAGCUUCACAAAUGCAAUCGACAAUAAGAAACGAAGCAUUUGAUGAAGACGUAACGAGAAGACUCGUAUCGCCGGUGACGGUUGAGAUCGAAUCGGACGAUUACGAAGAGUAUUUCAGAACAGAGCUUCUUUACCAAACGGCACUCUCCCAAGACCCCAAUAAUCCUCUUCUCCUCACCAAUUACGCUCAAUUUCUCUUCCUUGUGGCCCAUGAUUACGACAGAGCGGAGGAUUACUUCAAGAAGGCGGUGGAAGCGAAACCGCCUGAUGCAGAGGCGUUCAGCAAGUAUGCGACGUUCUUGUGGAGGAUCAGAAAGGACAUGUGGGCGGCGGAGGAGACAUUUCUCGAAGCUAUUUCUGCCGAAUCUGGCAAUCCGUUUUACGCUGCAAAAUAUGCCGAUUUUCUCUGGAGCAGUGGCGCCGAAGAAACGUGUAUUGAAAAUUUGUAAACCCCCAAAAGAAUUUUAAAAAAAAUAUAUAUAUAUUUAUGUGUUGGCGACCGGCGAGUGGUGGUGCAGCGGUGGGGUAGUGGUUGAUCAGAAACAAGAUUUUGUUGUGUGGGCGCCAUUUUCAGACGGCGAACUGUAAUUAUUAUUAUUAUUAUUUUUUACAAAACGUCAAAUUUCUGAAUACAAAAGGGAAAAAAGAAAAGGAGGUUAAUGAGAUAUGAUAAUAUAAUUUACG